UCCUGGGCAUCAGCAUUUGUAUUCUUAUUAUUUCUUCUAUUCCUUCUGUUCCUGUUGCCUUUGCCAUGCUUGCCAUGUUUGCCUUUCCUGCCCUUGCCAUGUUUGCCUUUCCUGCCCUUGCCAUUCUUGCGCUUUUUAUUUUUAUUAUCUUUGUUCUUUCCAUCCUUAUUUCUAUUCCUUCUCCUCUUUCUCUGACCGUCAUCUUCAGAAGUAUGAUUUUCAUGAGAAUGAACAUCUGCUUCAUCCGGCUUUACAGGGGAAUUUCCAUCAUCGGACUCUUUUAGGACUGCAGCAGGGUAAUCAUCACCAUACGAUUUAUCUGGCUCUGAUAAUACAACUGAGGCUGAACCAGAAGCUGCCUCUAAAUUCCUCCUAAUGUAGUUCCUUGCUUGAGCCACUAUGAAUAAAAGUAGUAACACAGUUGCAACUAAUUUCAUAUCUUAU